CAAUUUUUUUACUCUAUUUAUUCAGCUUGAUUCAGCUAAGCGCCAUUUACUGCAAUAGAUCGGCCGAUGUGUGCAGAUUUUAGCACAUCUUUAAAUAAAACGCGAAUCAGCGCAAGUGCAAUGGCUGGAUGGCUCUGACGUUGAUAGGACCAGUCGACGUUUCAGCCACCCGCUUUCGCGUUUUUCACGUAUUUUUUUUCAUGCCGGCACGUAGUUUUCAUGUGUUUUGUGUCUUUUCUGCCGUUUUUUGAUCGAUAAUCAACACAAUCCUGCAAUACAACUUUCCAAAAUCUUCCUCAAGACUGUUACUUUAGAAUAUAAUUUAAUUUUUCUUUAGUGUAAAGACAGAUCGAAGCGUCAGCUAGUGAAGGAUGCCAACAGCGAGAGAGAAUCAAAAGACGGAAUUAGCUAUUUAUUUUAUUAAUUAAUUUAGCGUAAACCCAUCAUAAUUAUUUUUGUAGUGAAUCCAUUAUAUUAAUUAUAGAUGAAUUAACUCAUAAACAUUGAGAUUUUACAAUAUUUAUUUUCUAAUAUCACAAUGGUGGAUAAAGGUCAGCCGACGUAGUUUGCAUUAACCGUUGAUGGGCCAGUAUGGAAAAUAUGGCGUCCAACGUGUCUCUGCGAAGUAACAAACAGCGGAAGGAGAACCUUAUAACUAGGAAGGAUAAGAGUCCAGAGAAGACUAUAAGGGGUACACGAGGCGCGUACAGGGGAAUCCCCUCUACGUCUAAGAGGGAUGAGGAUGAGACGGGCUCGACGGAAAGACUGGAUAGACCAAAGAAAUUUAUCGCGCAGAAAAGCAACUACGGGCUCGGGAAGCGACCGGACUUCUCGCUCAAGAACAGGAAUGUGCAUUUAGCGUCGUCUCGGUAUGGGCAGAUGACAUCAGGCCUGCAUGGCCACAGCCACCAGAUCUCGCAGCCUCCCCACCAUCUGGAGCAGACCACUGUAGCCAAGGAGAAGACCGUGCAUGGCAAGGAAAAGACCUUCAAGGUGGUGGUAGGCGGCGAAGUGGGGGUGAUGAAAGGGCCCGUCCUGGGCCCGCGGCCGUACAAUGCGCUCGCCAUCAUCCACACGCAGCAGAGCAACACCUUUGACAUGCUCAACUCGCUCACCACCAGCGUCGCAAGUCAACCAGUAGUGGGCGUGGGCGUGGGAGUGGGCGGGUACCGGCGUCGCAGCUCUGGGCAAGGUCCGCUCUGCGACCCAGAGUUGGACGACAGUGGGAACAAGCUCGUCGCGCGGUUGGAAGACGACGCUUUCAUCUCGGAGCAGGAUUUGGUGAGUUACCGCUUCUUUAUCUAUCAUUACCAGCAGUGGGCGUGGGAGUGGGCGGGUAGUAGCUCAAGACAGGGUCCGCUCUGCGACCCAGAGUUGGACGACAGUGGGAACAAGCUCGUCGCGCGGUUGGAAGACGACGCUUUCAUCUCGGAGCAGGAUUUGGUGAGUUACCGCUUCUUUAUCUAUCAUUACCAGCAGUGGGCGUGGGAGUGGGCGGGUAGUAGCUCAAGACAGGGUCCGCUCUGCGACCCAGAGUUGGACGACAGUGGGAACAAGCUCGUCGCGCGGUUGGAAGACGACGCUUUCAUCUCGGAGCAGGAUUUGGUGAGUUACCGCUUCUUUAUCUAUCAUUACCAGCAGUGGGCGUGGGAGUGGGCGGGUAGUAGCUCAAGACAGGGUCCGCUCUGCGACCCAGAGUUGGACGACAGUGGGAACAAGCUCGUCGCGCGGUUGGAAGACGACGCUUUCAUCUCGGAGCAGGAUUUGGAAGAGAACAUCGAUAUAGCUGAGAAACGCCUACCCCCGCCUGACGAUAGCGGGGAAGUUACAUCACAGGAAAACCAAAAUGGUCUAGAGUUCAGCCCUAUCUACCCUCCGGACAAGUUAGAGCUGCAGAAAGACAUGAAGCCAGAUAAGGAGGAUGAGGAGGAGCCAAUUGGAGUCUCGCCUUGCGGCAGGUUCUUCAAGUACGAUAAAGAGGUGGGGCGGGGCUCGUUCAAGACGGUGUACCACGGGCUCGACACGCAGACCGGAGUCGCCGUCGCCUGGUGCGAAUUACUGGAGAAAAAGCUGAACAAAACGGAGCGUCUCCGCUUCCGCGAGGAAGCUGACAUGCUGAAGAAGCUACAACAUCCUAACAUCGUCAGGUUCUACAACUACUGGGAGGGCACCGUGGCCAAGCGCAAGAAUAUUGUGCUUAUUACUGAGCUUAUGCUGUCUGGAACGCUCAAAGCGUACCUGCGGAGGUUCAAGCGGAUCAACCCGAAGGUGCUGAAGUCGUGGUGCCGCCAGAUCCUCAAGGGACUCAACUUCCUACACUCGCGGACGCCGCCGAUCAUUCACAGAGAUCUGAAAUGCGACAACAUCUUCAUCACGGGCACGACGGGCAGCGUCAAGAUCGGCGACCUGGGCUUGGCCACGCUCAAGAACAGGAGCUUCGCCAAGUCCGUCAUCGGCACGCCCGAGUUCAUGGCGCCCGAAAUGUACGAGGAGCACUACGACGAAUCAGUGGACGUUUAUGCUUUCGGCAUGUGUAUGCUGGAGAUGGCCACCGGAGAAUACCCCUACAGCGAGUGCAGCGGGCCCGCGCAGAUAUACAAGAAAGUUGUUUCGGGUGUGAAACCUCAAAGUCUGGAAAAGGUCACCAUCCCAGAAGUGCGGGACAUCAUCGAGUCUUGCAUCAGGCCGAACAAAGCUGAUCGCCCCAAAGUAAAAGAUCUGUUAAACCACGAGUUCUUCGGCGAAGACAUCGGUCUACGGCUGGAGAUCGUGGGCCGAGACCUUGUUACGUCCUCCGAUAUGACCAAGAUACAGUUCCGGCUUAAGAUCAUCGACCCCAAGAAACGGUCGUACACCCACAAAGAGAACGAAGCGAUUCAGUUCGAGUUCGACAUGGAGCACGACGACUGCGAGGAGGUGGCCAACGACAUGGCCAAGGCCGGCCUCAUCAUGGAGGAGGACGCCCGCAUCGUCUUCAAGCUGCUCAAGUCGCAGCUCAUCAGCCUCAACAGGGAGAGGAGUGAGAAGAAAGCACAGAUGCUGUUUAACCAGGACCUGCUCAAUGAGCAGAACCUGUUGCUGGAACAACAACUGAUGCAGGUGAAGAUGAUCCAAAACCAACAGCAGGUAGGCCCGGUGGACCAGGUGAACUCUGGACUCCUGAACGGCGUGGGACCACAACCGACGCUAGCCAGUGUACAGCUAGACCAACAGUCCCAAAUCUUGCAGGCGCAACAGCAGCUGCUGCAGCACCAGUUCCAGCUGAACAACGAGGAGACCGCCAUGCAGUUACUGCAACACCAGCUCAUGCAGGCGCGAAUGUCUCCGCACUACUGCGGCAUCCAGCAGCAGGUAAUGAUGGAGCAGAACCUCCUGAACCACCAGAUGCUGGAGCAGCAGCAGCAGGGCAUGCUGGACAGCAGCGUGCCUCAGCAGCAGCAACAGCAGAUCAACGAUCAGCAGCAGGUGCUCCAGCAACAAAUAAUUCAGCAGCAACAGAACAUAAUCGCUCAGCAAGCGGCCGCCAUUCAGCAGAAACAGUUAGAAGAGCAACUCAACCAGGAGAACAUGAUGGCCGCGCCACAGAACCUCGUCACGGGCCAGAUCCUCGACCCUUCCCUUCAGAACCUCCAGAACAUCCUCACGCAAAUCAUACACAGGCCCGACAACCUUCAGCCAAGGAAAGAAUCAGAGUCUGAAGCUCAGCAACCGCAGCAACAGCAAGCCCAGAUGGUUCAGCAAACGGAAAACGUAGAUCAGCAGCAGGAGGAAAUGAAGCAGAAGAUGCAGAACUUAAUAGGUGCCCAAAUACAGCAGCAAAACGUUCAGAUGCUGCAGCAGAGCCAGCAGUAUAUGCAGCCCAUAUUAACGGCCGUAGACCCCACUCUUUUGGCCCAACAGCAACAAGUGGCACAGGCUCAACAGCAGCUGUCUCAAGCUCAACAGCAGCUGAAUAUCCAAAAGCAGAUGUUGGCCCAGCAGCAACUAGUCCUCCAACAACAAAUGCUGACCCAACAGCCGCUACAGAUGCCUGGCCAGACUCUAUCUCCGCAGCACAUCAGAAAUCUCCAACAGCAGCAGUAUUUGGCUCAGCAGGAGUUGCAACUUCAGUCGCAGCAAAACUUUAUUGAUCAGCAAAAUCUGGCUUUAUUCGCUCAACAACAGCAAAUAGUGGGGCAACACCAGCAGAAGGUUGAGGAGAUUCUCCGAGCUCAGAGGCCUGUCUACCACCGCCAGGGUUCAGAGCAGAGUCAGAUCAGUUCCGCUGAUGUCUACGACCAGCAAAUUCAAAACCAAAUGGUCCAAGACCAGUAUCAACAGCAGCAACAACAACAACAACAGCAGCAGCAGAAAGUUCCUUUACAACCGCAGAUGUCAAUAGAUCAGAUACAGUACCAAAACCUGCAGAAUCAGAUCCACAAACAGCAGUCGGAAGAUCAUAACUAUCAUCAGCAACUUCACGCGCUGCAAGGCCAAUCGCUGCCUCACAAUAUGAUGGCGCAGAACUUUAGCGUGGUUCAACAGAACGAGAGGCAGAUAUCUAGUCAUGAAGGCACGCCUGUGCAGAACUACACAGCGAAUCCUCUGCAGAUGUACCAGCAGGCUCAGAGCCAGCCGGUACAGCAAAUUCUCCAGAAUAUGCAGUACCAGGUGGAGUCGUCAGUCCCGCAGCCGGUUGCUCAGAAUAUUCCGCAGUCAAUUCAACAGGAUGUUUCUCAGCUGGCGGUACAGUCGGUAGCUCAGCCGGUGCAGUCGAUGCCUCAACCCGUCGCCUCCGUGCCUCAAUCGCUUCCUCAGCCGGCGCCUCAACCUCUAUCCUCUGUCCCGCAACCGGCGCAAUCCUUACCUCAACCGGUUCAGUCUAUUCCUCAAUCCGUAGCGCACUCUAUCCCUCAACCCGUGCAAUCUGUCCCCCAGCCUAUGCAAUCAGUUCCUCAGCAGAUAUCCGCUCCUAUACAGUCUCUACCUCAGUCCACAGUUCAGCAGCCAGUCCAAACGGCUCAGUUCCCUCAGCAAAUAAACACUGUGCCCCAAGUCCCGACAUCCUUACCGCAACCGGUGCCAGAACAACUCAACCUGAAUGCGGAGCAGACCGAGAACGGUUACCAUAGCAACGGGGGGCAGAAGGAACAGUUCCUGACGCCGCUUAGUGAGUUCCCGUCGGGGGCCACGCACCAGGAGGCCAUCAGGCAUCCAGAGCUUAGUUCGGUUGAGGAGAAACAAGCGGAAACGCAGGAAGUAGGCACCGCGAUACCUUCUCCCAUCACCAGCGAGAAAAAAUCGCGGGGUUCCAAAAAACGCUCACGCGAGAAAGACAAGCUGCCGAAACUGAGCGUUUUGGAAGUCAGUGAAGAGGCGAGCGUUGUGGAAUGUCAGCUCGAGUCCAAGUCCAAGACCGUCACCUUCAAGUUCAACGUCACCGACGUCAACCCCGAGGAGAUAGCCAGCAACCUGGUGUCAAACAACUUACUACCAGAGUGGCAGAGCUCAGUGUUCACGGAACUAAUCCGGGACAUCGUGGGCCAGCUGCAGGCCGAGCCAGGAGUUACGCCCGUGCUCAACCACCAGCACCACUCCGCGUUGCGGCUUACCAUAGACAAGACUGACUACGACUCGGAGACGACGGAGCGUGAAGAAAACCUGACGGACUCCAACCAGGACAACUCGGAGUGCACCACGCCCACCGCCAGCCACGACAACAUCGCCGCCGAGCUCGCCUACGACCUGCCCGAGCCCGAGCCCGCGCCCGCGCCCGCGCCGCGAGCCAGCCGCAAGACCAGCACCGCCUCGUCCAUAGGUUCAAAUCAAUCCGACGGCGGGUCAAUGGCGCCGGAGCGUUCCGGCAGCACAGAGUCUCAGAACGGCGAGAAAAAAAGUCAGAAGCCCACGCGGAAGAUCUCCAGAUUUCUAGUCAGCCCCGUCGUGGACCGCGGGGAGGAGGCGGAGGACGAGGGGAGGGAGGAGAGGAGGGAGGACGUGACGUCAGCGGUUACGGCCACGUCGGUAGCUACCGCUGCGGUGACGUCGCCGCCCGCUGUGACGUCGGCGGCGCCGGUUACGGCGGCUGUCGCGCAAGUUGUGCCACAGGAAAGCCGCGUGCCAACCCACCAGUACCCAGCACCGGCUCAGGCCACCCAGACCGUGGCCGAGGCCCCGCCCCCGCCGCAACCCGCGCCCGUCCCGGCGGCGCCUGCGCAGCCCCGGCCGGACUCCCAGGAGCCGGGAGCCGUGCACCCGAGCGUGCCGUUGUUGCCGCAUCAGUUUCCGCAGGCGGGAAUCGACCCGACGCUCCUACAGGCAGCUUUACAGCCUUCACUGGGCAGCCUCAGCACACCGCUGCAGAUCGCCACCGACGCGCCGCCAUUGCUGCCCACGGCGCCACUCGCUGCGCCCGCGCCGCAAGCCUUAGGGCUCCAUGUGGGGCUGGCUACAGGGCUCGCUGCAGCUGGGCUGGCAUCGUCAGGGCUCAGCAGCGCAGGGCUAGGGCUGCCACGCGCGCCCGCGCCCACGCCGCAUGCAGGGCUGACGCCGGCAGACGCGACGCAAGCUGAUAACAUCCAGCGCAUGCUGCUCAAGCAGAACAUCAUCAACCAGCAGCAGAACCUGACGGGCCCCAACCUGCUGGGGCUGCUGAACCAGCAGCAGUUCCCGCCGCCCGAGCUCGCGCUGCAUCCCGCCAUGCUCAACAACGCGCCGCCAGCGGGCGCGCAGUUCGCAGCGCCGCGAUACUACCAGCCGAUGCUCGCCACCGCCAACGACUUCAUAGUGCAACAGCAGGCGCUUCAGACGUCUGGACAGCAGGUGGGCGGAUUCCUACCGGCUGGCAUGCUGCCGCCCUCGCGUGCCUUUAACCAGAACCUCAUCCAUCAGAACUUAGGUUUAGCAAGUCAAAACCUAGGGCUAGGCGGUCAGAAUCUCAUCAGUGGUCAGAACCUAUCGCUGGGCGCGCAAAGCAUAGGCCUGAUGGGGCAGAACCUCGGCCAGUUGGUAGCCCAGAGAGCAGUAUCGCACGCGCUUGCAAGGCGAGCGGCUGAUAUGGAGAUGGCCAACAUGACGAGCGCGAACUCGACGGGCUCUACGGCGCCGGGCACGCCCAACAAGAGCCACUCCUACAGCGAGUACAUGCUGUCGCUGCACCACAAGCUCGCUUCCAUCUCCAACAGUGGCCCGGUGUCACCGCAGUCUCCGCUGGAAUACAGUCCUGCUCUCUCGCCGACGCACCGGCCGCUACAUUCCUUGGCUAAGUCGGAGGUGACGGACGGCGCGGAGAGCCAAGCGUCGCAAAGCACGCGGCACGCGGAAGCGCUGGCCAACCUCGACCACGAGCUCAGCAAGAUCAGUCUGCAGUACAAGCACCACCAGCCCAAGGAUGUGUUCAUAGACCACACUGCGGAGCAACACGAGAUGCUCGGCGCUAACAUCAACGACAGCUCCGUCAACACCUACGAAGAUUUGGGGAGCAUGUGGGAGAGCGGAUCAGCGCGGUUUCGCGUGUCACGCGCGGCGCCCUGCCGCGGCUACUCGUUAUGUCGCUUAUUACCACACCACGCGAAAGACAAACUGGACAUCAGCAGCGCCGUGGACGGCUUCGACGAGACCGAAACGAACGACACAACAGAAGCCGGCUCGGCGCUCGACUCGUGCGCGCACCCGGCCUGCGCGCGAGACACCUACGUCGUCACCCCCCGCGCCGCCGCCGCCUACCUCGUCAGCCCGGCGCUCGCACGCCCCGCCACCAUCAUCGACCCGCGCGCGCAGAUGGAGCCAUCAGCGCCCAGCAGUUCUCCCGGCGACGACACACCACACAGCUUCCUCGUGCUGGACAGCUCGCGCGCGCUCACGUGCGCCGUGCUGGCGCGCGCUCUACCGCUUCAUCAGGACCCAGCCUUCCGGGACUACACUGAUGCACCGCCAACGCCCGUGCAAGUGCCCAACGAGUGCACGGAGAGCGUGGCGGCGUCGGAGGAGCUAGCAAGCUGGGCGGGCGCGGAGGGCGGGCGCGCCUCCAACGGCCGCGGGCUCGUGGCCGAGCUCGUCGUGCACGAGGCCUUCACGGACAAAGCGCGAUGCCGGCAGGUGGUGCUGGUGGCGCUGGCGCAGUUAUGACGUGUGUAGCGGAUCACCUUGUACCUUAUAUUUAUUAUGUACCCUGUAACAUAUUAUACUAUAUCAUUAUUCGUAAAUAAAAUAUUCAUAUGUGAUAUCUAGA